GGGCCCGCGCCGCCAGCCUCUACGCCCUCUGGUUGGGCUCCCACUACGUGGUGGUGGUCAACAGCUACCGGCACGCCAGGGAGGUGCUGCUGAAGAAGGGGAAGGCUUUCGCUGGACGGCCCCGCACUGUGACCACGGACCUGCUGUCCCGGGGGGGCAAGGACAUCGCCUUUGCCAGCUAUGGGCCCCUCUGGAAGUUCCAGCGCAAGCUGGUGCAUGCCGCCCUCUCCAUGUUCGGGGAGGGCUCGCUCGCCCUCGAGAGGAUCAUCUGCCAGGAGGCUGCAUCCCUGUGUGAGACGCUCAGUGCUGCGCAGGAUACAGCCCUGGAUGUGGCCCCCGAGCUCACACGGGCCGUCACCAAUGUGGUCUGCUCCCUCUGCUUCAACUCCUCGUACCGGCGUGGGGACCCCGAGUUCGAGGCCAUGCUGGAGUACAGCCAGGGUAUCGUGGACACCGUGGCCAAGGAGAGCUUGGUGGACAUCUUCCCCUGGCUCCAGAUCUUCCCCAACAAGGACCUGGCCCUGCUGAAGAGAUGCCUCAAGGUCCGGGACCAGCUGCUCCAGCAGAAGUUCACCGAACACAAGGAAGCCUUCUGCGGGGACACCGUGAGGGACCUCAUGGACGCCCUCCUGCAAGUGAGGCUCAGAGCCAAGAACAGCAGCCCCCCGGCACCAGGGCUGGAGCUGACUGACGACCACCUCCUCAUGACAGUGGGGGACAUCUUUGGGGCCGGCGUGGAGACCACCACGACUGUGCUCAAAUGGGCUGUGCUCUACCUGCUCCACUACCCCGAGGUCCAGAGGAAGGUCCAGGAGGAGAUGGACCAGAAAAUCGGCCUGGCGCGUCACCCCCACCUCAGCGACCGCCCACUGCUGCCCUACCUGGAGGCCACCAUCAGCGAAGUGCUGCGCAUCCGGCCUGUGUCCCCUCUGCUCAUCCCUCACGUGUCCCUUGCUGACACCAGCAUUGGGGAAUACUCCAUCCCCAAGGGCGCCAGGGUCGUCAUCAACCUCUGGUCUGUGCACCAUGACGAGAAGGAGUGGGACAAGCCUGAGGAGUUCAACCCUGGCCGCUUCCUGGAUGAGCGGGGUCAGCACAUCCACUCGCCCUCGCCCAGCUACCUGCCCUUUGGGGCCGGGAUCCGCGUCUGUUUCCUGCCCAAGGAAGUUUUCGAUGACUACGUGUAA